AUGUUAAGGAUAUGGAGGAAACCUGCAACUGUAGAGGCAAGAGCACUAAGAAGAGCAAUGAAUUUAUGUGUUGAUCUAGGCUUCUCAAAGGUCAUAUUUGAAGGGGGCGGCCAAGAGAUUGUGGAGGCAACUAAUGCACAUCAAGAGAGUUGGACAACAUAUGGCCUAUGUGAAAAUGGAAGACUCAAAGAAGCAGUUGAUCUGUUCGAGGAAAUGGUCUCAAAGGAGCAGGUCUUACUUGAUGCCCUAACUUACAAUGUUUUGAUCAAUGGGUUCUACCGUGUAGGAAAAGUUUAUUGUGUUAGGAAGAUGAUGGAAUUUAUGAGGAAAAAUGGAUGCACUCCUCAUGUAUUCAAUUACUCAACCCUGGUGAAUGGAUUUUGUAAGGACAAAAAACUGUUAGAGGCCAAAGAAGUUUUUGAUGAGAAGAAGAGCUUCCGUUUGAAACCGGAUACAAUUAGCUACUCGACUUUAAUUAAUUGCUUCUGUAGGGCUGGAAAAAUCGAUGAAGCUACGGAGUUUCUCAAAGAGAUGAAAGAAAAAGAAUGCAAAGCUGAUACCGUGACCUUCAAUGUGAUACUUGGAGGGCUGUGCAGAGAAGAUUGGUUUGAGAAACUUCCCUGCAAUGGUGUUUAUCUAAAUAAAGCUAGUUACAGGAUUGUGUUGAAUUGA